AUGCCAAGAACUAGGCCAAUAGUAACUAUAGCGAAAAAUGGUGUUGGGGCAUUCAUACUUCCAUGUCGUAUGAUUGUAUUUAAUUAUUGUGAACGUGGUGGAAGUAGUCGAGGAAUAGUUGAAUAUUUAAAGAAUCGAGUGAUAGAUUUUGCAAAAGAAAAUCCACAAAUCGAAAUAAAAAUAUCACCAAGACCAUCUAAACAUCCUGUUAUUCGUGGAGUUUAUUGUUAG